AUGUUCCGUUUGAGCACAACGCCAUCUAGCGUCGCGAAACGUUUCCAGCUGCUCCCCUACGACAGAAGCGUAUGCGGGGGCGACGAGAAAAAGCGCGUGCACCGCAAGCGGCAGAGGCAUCCAAACGCGCUCGGCCUGUGCAAGAUGGUGCCUGGCCACAUGUGCGAGUUUCUCUCCCGCUUCCUCGACUACGUGGGCGAGGUGGCGAAGCUGGCCUCGGGCGAGGCGGAGACCCGCGUGUGCGACACAUUACUAGAGCUGUUCCAAGUCCUGAGCGUUUUGGGCCGCGACGUGGCCUCCCUCGUCAAGUGCUACUUCAGCUUCGUGCGGAGGGCCUUCGUUAAGAGACUC